GCGCCAAACAAGAAGAAGAAGCUCCGGCAGUUGGCAGACGACGCCGGCGACGCCCUCGCCGAGGUGGCGUGCCAGCGCGCGCAGAUGCUACGGGACUUGGUGGCGCCCGAGUGGAUGUCGCUCGUGCUGCCAGUCGACUGCUGCGUCGUCAACGCCGCGAAGGCGGCGGGCAAGUCCUGCGCCGAG